AAAAGGAAAGAUUAGAAUUAAUUUCUAAACUUUAACUAAAUAAAUAUGGCGUUUUCAUGAUGGAUUGACAUGACAAUACAAGUGACUAGUUGUUGGUUCAAAUAUAUAAAGUAUUUGAUAUAUAUUUAUACAUAUUAAUUAAACUAUUCGUAAUGCGCAAGUCGCUUAAUAAAUAUACAAUUUGUGUUAUUACUGUGUCCUUACUGUAUAGAUGGACGAUUAUUUCAAUAAGUAGGACACUUUUGACAGAAAUACAAUACUUGGUUAGUUAAAACCUAAAAAGAAAGAAUAUUUUAUUUUUGCGAUUAUUAAUAAUAUGAAAGAUUCCAAAAAGAAAGGAUGCGUAAAUUUAAGAGUUUGUGAUAAAUAUAAAAAUAAAUAAAAUAUAACCUGUAAAAAUGAGCUGGUUACGAAGUAGUCCUUUAAGAACUAGUUUUAGUAAGCAACGUUCAAGAGACUCUCCACCAAAAGAUGCUGAUCCAUCAGCAUGUUAUGACAGCUUUUGUAAACAUUGGCAACAAGCAUAUGAAAUCAUAUUACGAACAUCUCCACCUAAAGGAAUAUGUAAUCAAGAUGAUGUUCUUGGAGUUGUUAAUCAUGUAGAUCAAAUGGCAACACUUUUAGUUUUAGAAUUACGUGAUUUUAACUUUUACAAUAACUAUCGACAAUCUACAACAGCAACACACUCUCCUUGUUUAGAAUAUUUAUUAAGUGAAAAUCUCCUUGUUAAGCUUUAUGAUUGGAAUAAAUAUAAUGGAAGAUUUAAUAAUGCCGUUUGUUUGGAACAAUUAAAAUUAUAUGAACUUUUAGUAUCACAUAGUGGUACUCUUCUUGCCCAUGAACCAGUUGCCAGACCAUUGUUACGAUUACUUGAAGAUUGUGCAAAUGAUAUUAUACUAUUAGAAGAAAAAUUAGUAGUGUUAUUAAAUCAAUUAUGUGUUGCUUUAAUGCAAAACAUGGCAUUACUUGAUUUAUUUUUUCAUGCAACAGCAGUAGGAAAAAGCAAGUUUAUUAUUUUUACAUUACUGAUACCAUAUGUACAUCGAGAAGGUGCAGUAGGACAGCAAGCACGCGAUUCCAUGUUACUUUGUAUGUCUCUUUCUAAAAAAAAUGAUGACGUUGGUGUGUUUAUUGCUGAUCAUUCUAAUAUAUGUCCUGUAUUAGCUACAGGUUUAAGUGGGCUGUAUUCAUUGCUACCAAGAAAAUUAGAUAUUGAAACAGAUGAUUGGUAUCAAUUAACACCAGAUGAUGUUAAUGAUUUACCAGCAUUAAUGCACUUAAUGAAUUCAUUGGAUUUUUGCAAUGCUGUCGCACAAGUUGCACAUCCUUUAGUACAAAAACAGUUAUUAGAAUUUUUAUAUCAUGGUUUUUUGUUACCUGUGAUGGGGCCAGCUUUGUUACAGAUUUUUAUAGGUUCAUAUGAUGUGUUAUUAAAUGCAUAUAGCAUUUUCAAUAUGGUGAUGGAUUCUAUUGGUUUGACCAUAAAACAACUAGAUGCACAAGAAUAUCGGACAACAGUGGAUGAAUUAGUUGCAGCAACAGCGUAUUUUGAUCUAUUUCUUCGUUCUGUAACUGAACCUGGUCUUUUACGUUCAUUUGUUAGAUUUUUGCUUGAAGAUAAUUAUGAUGAAUGUAGAAUAUUGGAUAGUCUCAUUCAAAGGAUAUCUUCUAGAUCACGGUUAUGUAUAGUAACAUUGGGAUUGUUUGAAACUUUAAUCAAUUUAAACUGUGAAGACAUCAUGCUAGAAUUAUGUCUAGGUGCAUUGAACCCUUGUUCUCAUGUAAUGCUUUCUCAACGUAGAAGAUUAAGAGAUAUAGAUCCUUUUGGACGUGCAGCUGAAAAGUUUCUCUCUUUAACUCCAAGUUGCUGUUCUCCACAUAUAAAUAUAAAUUCUAUAAAUUCUCAAUUCAGUUCUUUACCUAAUAAUACAACAUAUGAAAAACAAUCAAAUGCUACAUCUGAAUCAUUGAAAUCAUUACCAACAUCCAUAAAUUAUGGUGUCAGAUUAUCAGAUAGUCUUUAUGGAAAUUAUCAUGCAUAUUUAUGUGAUGCUCGUCAAAAAAUAAGAGCUUGCCGAAUCGCUUGUUCUAAUUGGUCGUAUCAAUAUAAUGGAGAAUUACCAAAAGAUAGUAUUAACAGUAGUGCCACUACUUUAAUAGAUGACAAUACAUUAUUAGAUCAAUUUCAAAAAAAAACAGAAAGUAGUAAAGUAUCAUUAGAGACAUUAAAAUUAUCAACACCUUCUAAUGAAAUUAAUGAAAACUCAUCAAUAGAUAAUAUGUUAAUUAAUAUUCAAUCUUUGUUAAAUGGAAAGGAUCUAAAUACAGUAGAAAAAGAUAUAAAAAUAGAGCCUCUUAUAACAACAGGUAUAGAGUUAUCAUUAGAAGAACAAGCAAAAUUGGAUGCAGAUAUUGCUGAAUUAUUAAAUGAAGAUACUGGAAUAUCAGAAUGUGUUAAGGAGAUGUUAUUGAUAGAUAAAAAGGAACUUGAUAGUGGCAUUGAUGAUUCAAAUACAACCAUGAAUUCGCUUUUAUCGUUAGGAGAAAGUAGUGGAUAUGAAAGCUUUGCAUUCAAAGGCUCAUCGCAAUCAACUCCAGAUAAUGAAUCUAACGAAGAUCGAAUAAGCGAACACGAAGAAAUUGAUUCAAACAAAGAACAAAAUAUAUUUCUUCAUAGUAUCAUAGAAUCAAGUUCAAUCAUACCAGAAGAAUUAACAGCAAAUAAACAAAAUAAAGAAAAUUAUCGACAAGAUGUAUUUAAUGGGCAACCGAAUGUUGGUAUAUUUUUGGAUGUUCUUUUAAGAAAACUUGAAUGCAUGACAAGUAAUAAUUUAUAUGUUAAUUUACAUUUAACUGGUCUUAUCAGCAGAUUAGCAAUAUAUCCACAACCUUUAUUGCAAUCUUUUCUUUUAAAUCAUUCUCUGGUAUUUCAACCUAGUAUUAGAUCACUUUUUCAGGUACUUGCAUCUUUAAAACAUAAAAUAGAUCAAUUUCUUUCGCAACACAAUAAUGUGGAUAUAUUAGUUGAACAAGCGCGACUGUUUUUAAUUAAUCGCGAAGAUAAAUUAGUGAAUGCAAGAAGAAACGCGUUAGAAGCCGCUGCUCAUUCUGUACCUAUUAAAAGAAAUUCUUUAAAUGGAGAACCAUUUUCAAGAGUAUUCAAAAGAUGUGAAACUAAAAGAUGGAGUUUAACAUCAUCUUUUACACAAAUGCUUAGACGAUCAAGUGGUAGUUCUGGUCCAAGUAGUUUAGUUAAUACUAUCAAUCAAUCAACUGGUAUAUCAGAAAAUCAACUAGAAGUUAUUGGGCAUGGUUCUGGAUAUCGAUAUUAUACGAAAACGUCCUGGCAAUCCCCAAAUGAAAUAAGUCCAGUACAAAAUGUGGUCUUAUGUGCAGUUGUAUUAGAUGAAUGGCUAAAAGAAUUAGCCGCUAUUACACAAGAACAUGCAAUUAUAUCUCUUACAAAUAGUAUGGAGUUUAAAGUUUAAUAUGGUUUUAAUAAGUAAUAUGUGAUAUAUUGUUAGAUUUAUAUAUAAUAAACCCUAUUAUAGCGUUAUAUACAAAA